ACAGUGGGCGGGGGUUAAAUACAGUGGAUUGAUUACGUUUUCAUCGACACUGUUGUGUGGUUUGUCUUCAAAUGAUCAGUAUUGCUCAUCAAAAAUUACACAGGGACUUUGCGAUGUAAUCAGAAGCAGUGCAAGGGAUCAAGUCGAUUCGAAAAGGUGACUUGAUCUGACAGACGCUAACGUUAGCUUGCUAGCUACAGUUUAUCUCGGUCAACGUAAAUCUGUCAAAAGGGAUGCCGCUGCAAUCCAAGUCAGACGGAUUCAGGGGUUCUUUGGAUUUGAUGUCUAAUUUAAUCGGCAUAAGAAGUUUUUCGAUAAAAGCUUUACCGAUAAAUCAAUCUCGUACGAAUAUCUUUUUAAUUGCUGAAGUUUAGGAACUAACUGCUCUGACACAGUCAGUGCUUGCUAGCUAACUUGCAUAACAACAACAAAUCUGUUGCUCGUCCUCGCCCGCUAAGAGCAACAUAAGUGAAAUUGGUAAAGACAUUUCCGUUUCACAAAGAGCGUCGACGUUAUCUUUGGCAACAAUGAAACUGUUAGAAAACAGCAGUUUUGAAGCUCUGAGCUCUCAACUCUGUGUUGAAACGGGAGAGUCUCGCAUCCUUGGAAGGAUCGAGAGCUACUCCUGCAAGAUGGCUGGUGAUGACAAGCACAUGUUUAAGCAGUUCUGCCAGGAAGGGGAACCACAUGUCCUAGAGGCCCUCUCGCCCCCCCAGUCCAGCGCCACGAGCCCACCCCAACUAGGGAAGAGCAGUGAGGAUGGUGAGAACCCUCUGAGUGACAAGUGUUGCAGGAAGACAUUGUUCUACCUCAUCACCACGCUCAACGAGUCAUUCAGGCCCGACUACGAUUUCAGUGCAGCUCGGGGCCACGAGUUCAGCCGGGAGCCCAGCCUCAACUGGGUGACGAAUGCAGUCAACGGCAGCCUGUACUCAUCAGUUGGAGUGGAGUUCAACACCCUGGGGCCAGAGCUGUGGAACUUCAUCGACCAGGAAAUUAGCCUGCAGGAAUGUGACAUAUACAGCUACAACCCUGACCUGGACUCAGACCCCUUUGGGGAGGAAGGCAGCCUCUGGUCCUUCAACUACUUCUUCUACAACAAGAGGCUGAAGAGGAUUGUAUUUUUCACCUGUCGCUCCGUCAGUGUCCUGAGUGGGUACGGCCGCGGUUGUCUUGACAAUGAGUUGGACAUGGAGCUGAAUGAUGAUGAGGAGGAGAUAGAGGGAUUCACCGAGGACAGGUUCCCCAAAGCUCUCUGUGUCUAACGCUCUCCCGAUGGAAGACAAGCCCAUGUAGGCCGAUACAUCCUCCCCGUUUUGUUUUGUUUUCAUCUGUUUUUCCCCCUCUUUUUUCCCCUGACCCAGAGAGCCAUUUGCACAUUUAGAGGAAGGAUAUCCCCGACAAGUGCAUGUUUCACAUCAGGUGGAUCCAAACCAUACCGUGAAGGACAUUUUUGAAAUGCCCAUGGUUUCUUGUCUCCCUUUUACUGUGAUUUUUAUCCUCCAUCAUGGUCCCUGACUUAAGUAUUGAACCUAUGCCUGGUUUAUGGUCAAGAGAGACCAUGGACAGCUAACCCUGACAAGCACAUUUUCUUUUAUUGAAGAUCCAAUCCGAUUGUCUAUCCAGCUGAUUUCCAUUUGACUGCUUCCUCCGAGGUGUGGCUUUUAUGUUCGACAGUGACGUUACUGUGAGAACUGAACUUUCAUAGCACUGUGUUUUGAAACAUGCAGCAUUUGUAAUGGAACCUCUUAAUAUGUUAUGUUGAAUCUACUGCAAAAAAUAAUCGAAUCUAAUUUUAUUUGUAAAAAAAAAAUGAUUAUCUACUGCACACAACCUUCUGUGGAUGUGAACUUGAGAUGGCACUGCCAAAGAGCAAUACAACAUAUCACUUUCAUAAGACUCACGUCUAUCAGUAACCAUAUUCCCUCUGCAUAAUGUUUCCCUUAGAUUACCUCAAUCAUGUCGUAAAACCUGUACCCAUAUUCCACUGCUGCAAUCAAACGCAUCCAUUUAUUUUAUGCUCUGUUAAACUUGAAAGGCUUUGGUUUGAAGAGCUACUGAAUGCGGGCAGCAAAGUCAGUGAUAUUUCCAGUAAUUGAUCAUGUUCUACAGUAUUUUUAGGUUAAAAUACCCUUUUAUCUAUGACCUGUUUUGAUUAAACUGAAUAAAGUUGUUUGAACCAAAA